AUGCCCAAGCCAGAGCUUCUACUCCAGGUGGUCACCGACGUGAUCUGUCCGUGGUGCUUCGUGGGCUCUCGUCGGCUCAAAGCCUUCCUAGCCUCGUCGGACUACCUCUCGGAAAUCCACCCGUACGUGACACUGUCUCUCAAGAUCGAGCCAUACAUUCUGGACCCGCGCCUUCCCGCAACAUCGUACGAUACGCCUGAGAAGUACUACGAUGCGAUCGAGCGCACCGCCUAUACGAAGAACGAGUCGCCGACGAAGCGGUUCUAUUAUGGGAGCAAGUUCGGCGGGGGGCUGGAUGCGUUUGAUGCAAAAAUUGGGGCUGCAGCGGAAGAGUUGGGCAUGCCAGCCUUUGACUGGCGGAGCGAGGGGAAGGUGGGGGCAACGUGGAAUGCGCAUAGGUUGGUGCUGAGAGCGAGCCAAAGGGAUGAGAAGGAGGGGGUGAAAAGCGACGAGCCGACGGCGUGCUUGGAGACCCUGCAGGUACGGCUGAUGGACAGGCUCUACGAGGAUUUCCAUUCCAAGAGUAAGGACAUGUCCGACAACGAGCACCUUGCUGGAGUCGCGACCGAGUUCGGUCUGUUCGAUGGAGAGGAGGAGGCGAAGAAGUGGUUGGAAUCGGAUGACCUCGAGUACGAGCUGGGCAACAAGUUGCAGCAGGCGGAUAUGAAUGGCGUGCAGAGCAUCCCGUUCUACAUCCUCAACGACGGCGCGGACCACAUGAGCGAAACCGGCUCGCACGCCUCGUUCUUCAAGAUGAUGCAGAUGGCUGUUGCGCCGUACGUCCGCUAG